CUACGAUUAACUACGGCGAGGGGUCACGUGACAGUAACUGCUGCUGCUGUUGCUGCUAGCUGCUGGCUGAGCGAAGCGUGUUAGCAGAUUUUUCUAUUUUGUACAUACAUUGUUUUGUAUAUACUGUAUAUGAUGACUUCAGUGGUCAGCAAUCAGACCAGAGGGUCCCGGGACAAGCCGCUGCCCACCUCCACACCAACAUCACAGCCACAGAAACAGAUACAGGCCACAGCAGAACAGAUUCGUCUUGCCCAGGUGAUUUACGACAAAAAUGAUGCUGACUUUGAAGACAAGGUCAAACAGUUGAUUGAGGUAACUGGGAAGAAUCAAGAUGAAUGCGUGGUAGCCCUGCACGACUGCUUUGAAGAUGUUAACAGAGCCAUCAAUUUUCUGCUGGAGAGCACUUCUGACACAAACUCUUGGGAGACUGUGGGGAAGAAGCGUAACCUUGGUAAAGAAGCCGGACCUUCAGAUGUAAAAGAGAACAGGGCAGAUGUAAAAGAGAACAGAGAGAAGAAAGCAGAGAGAGAGGUCAGUCGUGGACGUGGAGGGUCCAACAGGAGGGGCAGAGGAAUCAGCCGGGGUCGUGAAGGUAUGAAAAGUAAAGGCAGGACCGAGGAGAAUGGGUUUGAUGUGGCUCCUGGAGAAAGGGGUGGUGAUCAUGGACGCAGGGGCCGUGGCAGAGGGGUAGGAGGUCGUGGCAGAGGAAGAGGAGCUGCUGGUAACAGAUUCUCUUCUCAAGGGAUGGGUACUUUUAAUCCUGCUGAAUACAGUGCAAACUCUGGAGCUCAACAGGAGAACUGGGAUGGUGAAGGCAAUGAAACUGCUGAGGGAACUGGUACAUGGGGAGGCAAUACAGAAGAGUGGACUUCAGAAGACUGGAAUGAGGAUUUGUCUGAGACCAAAGUGUUUACUGCCUCUUCUGCUCCAACAAACAACAUUGUUCCAGGACGAAAUGUGGACUUCUCUACCCUACUGCCAAAGACCGGGGGCACUGUAGGAGGUUCUGUGGACCCUGACUUGGGAGCGAUAGUAGAUGGUCACUCUUCAGAGGAUUUGGGCCAAAGCCUGGUGUUCACCAAUUCUCAUCACAAUGGGCGCAGUGCACCACACAGUUACGCACAUGCCACAGCCAACAGUUAUGCCCAUGCUGCCUCUGCUAACACCACCUAUGCAAUGUCUUCAGUCAUAGGUUCUGGUUUUGGAUCCCUGAAUGUACCUAAGCAGGCACCUGCUGCUGACAUUCGGACAUCGGAGCACCUAAAUGGUCCUCGGCUUGGUCAGAGAACUAGUCAGAUGGUGGCGACCACCUCCAGCAGUAAUGUGUCCAAAGAAUCAGGGCCACCUCCAGUGCAAAAUACUGCUCCUGCCCCCUCCCCCUCUGCAGAUACCAUGGUCCAAAGGGUAGAGAACAGCCCCGUUAUGUCCCAAAGCUUGGAAAUGAAGAUUCAACCAGAGCCAUCAGCAGUGCUCAGCCAGCUGGCUCAAAGGCAGCAACAGUCCUCCAUUCUUACGACCACAGAGCCUCUGGGCCUGUCUCAGUCACACGCACCACAGGUCCCAACACCACCAGGCCAUGAGUCCUCCAUCCCACCUGUAAGAGAUGGAGCUUCUCCUGGAGGCAAGCAGCCAGGUCUGGAGUUUUCGAUCACUGAGGCCCCCCAGCGGCAAUUAAAGACACAGAGACGCAGAGCACCUCCUCCUUCAAAGAUUCCAUCAUCAGCUGUGGAGAUGCCUGGCUCAGCGGAUGUAUCUGGUCUGAAUGUUCAGUUUGGAGCUCUUGACUUUGGGUCUGAAGCUGGUAGUGCAGCGGCAGACAUGUCACAGCCUGAGAUGUCCAGAGAGCACACCCCUGCCAUGGCCCAAACAAAUAUACCCACUUCUGCACCUGUUUCCACACAGCAGCAACAAAGCAGCAUUUUCCCCAAACCAGGAGCUAUGAGUGAACACAUGAGCAGCUUACCCUCAGCUGUAUCGGAUGGCAGCUUCCCAUCACCAUCUAUGGGGUUACCUAGUGCUGCCCCCUCCUCUUCUCUUGGCCUCCCCAGUGCAGCAGCAGCUUCUUCUGUUCCUACAACAACCAGUCGUGUGGAGAACAGUGGUUCAAGGUCCCUGCCUCCCCAUCUUGGCUUCUCUCAGGGCAAAGAUGUCCCAUCAGCUUCUAGUGCACCUCUAAUGAAUGGUUACAGUGGUAUGAAGACACAGAGCACACAGGAAGUUACAUCGUCAUCAAGAACAAUAAAAUCGGAGUCUACUGUUAUGAGCAGUGACGGCAGCUCAGGCCAUCAUAUCCCUUCUCCUGCAGUUACUCCUUCUCACUCAACGGUCUCGUCGCUUAGCAGUCAUGUGAGCAGCUCUCUCUCGUCUGGAUCAACUCUCACCACAAAUUCCUCCCUUACAAUAACCAAUGAGGACAGCAGCAACAACCUCCACUCCUUUUCAACAUCAGCCAGUCAAGUUGUAUAUCCCAGCGCUCCUCUGAGUGCCAGUAGUUCGUCCAGCAAUGGUCUGCACCAGACAGGAGGACCAGGACUUACUGCAAAUGGCACAAACCCCACAGUCCCAGCUGCAGGCAGCCGCACAGCACCCCAACUCGCCACGACUUCUGGUAAAGCUCCUCCCAACCUGGCCCAAGGAGUGCCCCCUCUCCUGGCCAACCAGUACAUUAUGGGCCCUGGUGGCUUGCUUCCAGCUUAUCCACAGAUCUAUGGAUAUGAAGACUUGCAGAUGCUGCAGUCUCGCCUUCCUUUGCAUGACUUCUAUGGUGUAACAUUCCCUGGUGCUACGGCUCCGAUGCCUGGAAGAGAUGGCCUGCCUAAUAAUCUUUAUUCUGGUGAGGCAACAAAGUUUGGCAGGAAUGACUCUUCACCUCCAGCACCCCCAACCAGCUUGUCUACAGCUGGGGUGCAGUCCCAGCCCCAACAGACACAGCAGACAGGGACACAAGGUCCAGGGCAGAACCAGAACCAGGGUCAGCAGACACAGAACCAGGCCUUCCUCAACCCUCCUCUGCCACCAGGCUAUGGAUACACUGGUCUGCCAUAUUACGCCGGUAUGCCUGGGGUUCCCUCAGCCUUUCAGUAUGGCCCUACCGUCUUUGUGCCUCCAGCUUCGGCCAAACAGCCUGCAAUGGGCCUGGCCAACCCCUCCAGUCAGUACCACCAACAGCAUCAGCCCAGUUACGGGCAGCAUGCAUAUGGCACAGCCUUUGAUGACCUGUCUCAAGCCCAUGGUGGGGAAUACAAUAAGGCAGGGUACGGAGGCUCUGCCCAGUCACAGGCCAAGUCAGCAGGCAGCGGCCCAGGGAAAGCAACAGGAUUGUCAGGACCGGGUACCAGUGGUGUAGUUCCUGACAUGGGAGCUUCUAUAUACAGCAAAACACAGUCAUUUGACAAGCAGGGUUUCCACACAGGGACCCCACCUCCCUUCAGCCUGCCUUCAGCACUGGGAGGGACAGGGCCCAUAAACCCUGCGGGUGCACCUGGCUAUGCCCCUGCACCCUUCCUGCACAUCCUGCCUCCACACCAACAACCCCACUCCCAGCUGCUGCACCACCAUCUCACACAGGACGGACAGGGUGGUCCUGGUCAACGCAAUCAGUCCGGCAGUAUGCAGCAGAAAACCCAAGGCAGCAAGUCCAGCUAUGGCAGCUCCCCAUACUGGGCAAACUGAGGAAUACUUCCCAUUCCCCUCUCCCCAUAAGGCUGUAUGCGCGUGCAUGAGCGCGCAUGUGUGUCAAGCAAACAACAACUAAGCGAACACACACACACACACUAUCCUCCCAUUGAGCAUUUAUGCUCUCCCCACCUACCCAAGUCCUCAUAAGUCUUUUGGGUUCUCUCUUCCCCCUCUUUUCAGAAUUGGUUGUACAUGUAAGAUAUUUAUGUAUGUAUUUAUAUAUACAAAUAUAUAUAUACUGUAUAUGUAAUAGUAGAACAUGAAACGUGGUAUUGCAUUUUAUUUUUGAAGGACAUUUGUUUACUUUUUCAAAACUGCAGGAAACAAUGUUGCAUUAUAAAAAUGGAUUGACAAAGAUGAGCAUGUGGAGUGAUAGAUCAGAUUUUCCUGGGAAAUCUAGGAAAACAAUGGAGCAGUAGCACUGAUUGCAUAUGAGGACACUUCAAGUGGGGGGUGGGGUUUAUAAUUAACUGCAUCUUUCUCCUUGUUUUUUUUCUUUAUUUUUUAUCUUUUUACACAACUCCUUCAAUGGUCAAAUUCAUCUCCAUUUAACUUAAUUUUGUAUCUUCCUGUUUCCUCCCACUCCUGGACGCUGCCUACUCGCUGUGUUGACAUCUUCUCUUUUUAAAAACAAACCUGCCCAACCAGUUUUUAUAUUUAAUUUAAUUUUAACCAUUAUUUCUCUCCAAAUAAAGUUCUGAGCAGUUUGGGCUCUUAA